CCUCCUGUCAUUCUGUCCAAAUCUAAGCAAGCAUAUCCAAGAUUUAGUGAUGUAUAUAUCGUAAAUUUGAAGUACUUAUAUACAAAGGCACUGUUUUGGCCUCUUUUGAGAACAUUCAGUUACAAUGAACCCAGUUUCAACUGUCAACCCCUUGUUUCCCGCCAAACCAACAGACAGUUACCUUCCUCUCCAUCUCCUACCAAAAUGCAAUUCAAUCAGAGAAUUCCAACAAAUCCAUGCCAUCACUAUAAAAUCCGAUCUUGAUGUCUCGCUGCUCACGAAGCUCAUUACCGCCAUCUCCAUCCGGCCGACGCCUUUAUCUUUGUCCUAUGCUCAUCAACUGUUCGACCAAAUUCCCCAUCCGGGUGUACUCCUGUUUAACACCAUGUCCCGUGCCUAUUCCCGUUCAAACACACCACUCUUAUCCUUCUCGUUCUUCUCCCGAAUGCUUGAAUCUGGUCUCUUCCCCGAUGACUACACAUUCCCUUCACUUCUCAAAGCCUGUUCUACUUCUAAAGCUCUCAAACAAGGCCGGCAAUCUCAUGCUGUCGCCUUGAAGCUUGGUCAUGCUGAAAAUGCCUAUGUGCUGCCAACUCUCAUCAACAUGUAUGCAGAGUGUGGUGACAUUAAUGCCUCAAGAAACCUGUUUGACCGAAUGGACCAGAAGUGCAUUGUUUCAUAUAAUUCUAUGAUCACAGCUUGCGUUCGGAGUAGUCGGCCUAGUGAAGCUCUGGCUUUGUUUCGUGAGCUGCAAGCGGAUGGCAUUGAAUCGACAUAUGUCACAAUGCUUAGUGUUCUUUCCUCUUGCGCUCUGCUUGGCGCAUUGGAGCUCGGGCGAUGGAUUCACGAGUACGUGAAGAAAAAUGGGUUCAGUUCCUAUGUGAAGGUGAACACUGCAUUGAUAGACAUGUACGCAAAGUGCGGGAGCUUAGAUGAUGCUGUGCAGGUGUUCACUGACAUGGACUAUAGAGAUACUCAAGCCUGGUCUGCCAUGAUUGUUGCUUACGCAAUUCACGGGCACGGCACUCAUUCCAUUUCCUUGUUCGAGGAUAUGCGAAGAGAAGGUAUCAAACCAGAUGACAUUACAUUUCUCGGCGUCUUAUAUGCUUGCAGUCAUGCUGGUUUAGUAGAGCAAGGCCUUGAAUACUUCCAUUGCAUGAAGAGAAACCACGGCAUCACACCAGGGAUCAAGCAUUAUGGUUGCAUUGUCGAUCUGCUAGCUCGAGCAGGGCGUUUAGAAGAGGCUUACAAAUUCAUCGAUAACUCACCCAUCACACCCACACCGAUACUAUGGCGGACAUUGCUAUCUGCUUGUGGUGCUCAUGGAAAUGUAGAUCUCGGGAAAAAAGUGUUUUAUAGAAUUCUUGAACUCGAUGACACGCAUGGAGGUGACUAUGUGAUACUAUCAAACAUGUGUGCAACAAAAGGCCAUUGGGAGGAUGUGAACAAAAUAAGAAAGCUAAUGAAAGAUACAGGAGCUGUUAAGGUGCCGGGAUGUAGCUCGAUAGAGAUCGAAAACACAGUGCAUGAGUUCUUCUCCGGUGAUGGUAAACACCGAAAUUCCGAGGAGGUGCAUAGAAUGGUUGAUGAAGUUGUAGAACAACUGAAACUUGUUGGUUAUGUGCCUGAUACAUCCAAAGUGUUUCAUGCUGGUCUUGAAGAGGAUGAAAAGGAAGUGAGUUUGAGAUAUCACAGUGAGAAGCUUGCCAUUGCAUUUGGGCUCAUAAACACAACUCCAGGUACAACCAUUAGAGUUGUUAAAAAUCUUAGAGUUUGUGGAGAUUGCCAUUCAAUGGCUAAGUUCAUUUCCAUGGUGUUUGAUAGAGUUAUAGUUCUUAGAGAUCUCAAUAGGUUCCACCAUUUCAAGAAUGGUGUAUGUUCUUGUGGUGAUUAUUGGUAGAUGAUUUGGAUGAAUUUUUAUUUUUAUUUAUU